AAAUAAUUUGUGCUGCAACUAAAAUUAUUCUACAGCCAGCCCUUGUUGGAGUAAAGUUGAUUGUAAUUUCAUUUACAGAUUAACCAAUCAAAUUUGAUUACACAAAGUCGUGAAAAAUAAAAAAUAAAAUAGAAGCGGACUACAAAAAAAAAAAAAAACGAAAUAAAAUCAAGCCACCGAAAAAAAAAAAAAAGCUUUGUAUUCUUUUAGAUCUUUUUGAAUCUCGAAUUAAAUACAAUCAUGUCUGAUAGCAAUAGAGCCAUUCCUGAACCAGUUUAUGUUUCUGAAACCCUUUUAAAAAAAAGAAAGGCUAAUGAAAAGGGUGCCGCUAUUAAAGCAAAAGAAAGAUUAGAACUUAGAAAGACAAAGAAACAACUUAAAAAGACACAAUUUAAACGUGCUGAUGAGUUUAUUCGUAGACAUCGUUUAAUCGAAAAGCAAGGAAAACGUCUUCGUGUCUUGGCAAAGGGACAUAGAAAGGGAGCAAAUCAGAAGGGAGAUGGCAAAUUAUUAUUUGUGAUCCGUAUGAAAACAGAAAGUUCAAUUCACCCACGAAUCAGAAAAAUUUUGAGUCAAGUUGGAUUAUUAAAGAUGAAUACAGGUGUAUUUGUUGUUUGUAAUGAUGCUACUGUAAAGGAUCUCCAAAAAAUUGAACCUUAUGUUACUUAUGGUUCACCCAGUUUAAAGACAGUACGUGAUCUUAUCAUGAAAAGAGGUGCUACCAGGAUCAAUGGCGUUCGUACUCCUCUUUCUGACAAUGCCAUGAUUGAAGAAGCUCUUGGUGAAUAUGGUAUUAUUUGUUUAGAAGACAUUAUUCAUGAAAUCCUUGAACAUGGUGAACAUUUCGAAGCUGUUUCUAAAUUCUUAACUCCAUUUAAAUUGAACGACCCUGUUAAGGGCUGGCGUCAAAAGAAAUUAAAGGAAAUCAUGGACAGAGAAAAUGAAGAAGAAGAUGCAGAGGAUGAUAUCAAUAAAUUGGUCGAAACCAUGAAUUAAAAUUUAACACAGUAUAUUGAUUUAUUUUAUUUUUUAUUUUAUUUUCUUAUGUUUAUAUCUUGUAUAAAUCAUUUCUU